AUGUCGACGGCGUCUGUGCAGGGCACGGUCGUGCACACGUUGCAUGGCAUCGCCCAUUUCCCACUUGAACCCAAAACAAUAAGCAAUCCUUUCAAGGUUGUUGGGAGCUUUUCCGUCAUGACGAUCGUGUUUCCCUCACACUGGCGUAAGGACCCUCCCCCAGAGGCCGGCGUCCUUAACGACGGUUCAACCGAGGUUGGACUGGGCAAUCGCUUCUCUUGGGCAGAUGGGUUAUAUUUAGCAUAUGACGUUGAGCUUCCACUCUCUCGUAUCGGCAAUCACAAGCUGCGCGGAUUUGAGGGAAGGGAAUGA